AUGGGCUCUGCCCCUGCAGGGAUCUGCCUGCGCGGCCGCAUCCAGCUCAGCGAGCGGGACAUCGCCGGCAAGUGCUCCUCGUCCUGCGGCAGCCAGGAGCACCUGGGAGCCUUCCUCAACCGCGGCUGCAUCAAGAUCUCAGCCUGUGUCACCAAACUCUCGGGCUGGCCCCGCUGGUUCCAGCGCUGUGACAUCUGCGAGUGCGACUGCCACGUGCCCUGCGGAUUAGCAGUGGCUGCUGCCGGGUGCCACAGCGUGAAUGCCAAUGAAGGCAGCAGCCGGAUUGGGAAUUCUGCCUGCCCCGUGCUGCCCUGCUCGGCGCUGUCCCUCCCCCCUGGCCUUGGGGAUCAGCAUCUGAAGACGUGCCCAGGACAAGUGUCACAGCCUGGGUACAAGACUCUCCUCAAAUGCCUGUCAGGGAAGUUCUGCCAACGGGAGCUCAUUGGGAUCAUGGGCCCCUCGGGAGCUGGGAAAUCCACUCUAAUGAACAUCCUGGCUGGCUACAGGGAGACUGGGAUGAAGGGGCAGAUCCUGGUGAACGGGCGGCCGCGGGACCUGCGCACCUUCCGCAAGAUGUCCUGCUACAUCAUGCAGGAUGACAUGCUCCUGCCACACCUCACCGUGCUCGAGGCCAUGAUGGUCUCUGCUAACCUGAAGCUGAGUGAGAAGCAGGAGGUGAAGAAGGAGCUGGUGAAUGAGAUCCUGACGGCCCUGGGGCUGCUGGAGUGCUCGUACACCCGCACCAGCUCCCUGUCGGGGGGCCAGCGCAAGCGCCUGGCCAUCGCCCUGGAGCUGGUCAACAAUCCACCCGUCAUGUUCUUCGAUGAGCCCACCAGCGGCCUGGACAGUGCCUCCUGCUUCCAAGUGGUGUCCCUGAUGCGGUCCCUGGCUCAGGGCGGGCGCACCAUCAUCUGCACCAUCCACCAGCCCAGCGCCAAGCUCUUCGAGAUGUUUGACAAGCUCUACAUCCUCAGCCAGGGCCAGUGCAUCUUCAAGGGCGUCGUGACCAACCUCAUCCCCUACCUGAAGGGCCUUGGCCUCCACUGCCCCACAUACCACAACCCUGCUGACUUCAUCAUCGAGGUGGCCUCAGGAGAGUAUGGGGACCUCAACCCCGUCCUGUUCCGCGCCGUCCAGAACGGGAUGUGCACCAUGGCUGAGAAGAAGAGCAGCCCUGACAAGGCAGAUUCAUCGUGCCCAACAUGUGGGACGGAUGUGGAUCACAUCGAGAGCCACACAUUUGCCACCAGCACCUCAACUCAGUUCUGCAUCCUCUUCAAGAGAACUUUCAUCUGCAUCCUAAGGGACACGGUGCUGACCCACCUGCGGUUCAUGUCCCACAUCUGCAUCGGGGUGCUCAUCGGGCUGCUCUACCUGCACAUCGGCAACGACGCGGGCAAGGUCUUCAACAACACCGGCUUCCUCUUCUUCUCCAUGCUCUUCCUCAUGUUUGCUGCCCUCAUGCCCACCAUCCUCACCUUCCCCCAGGAGAUGACCGUAUUCCUGAGGGAGCACUUGAACUACUGGUACAGCCUCAAAGCCUAUUACCUGGCAAAGACCAUGGCUGAUGUGCCCUUCCAGGUGAUCUGCCCCAUCGCCUACUGCAGCAUCGUGUACUGGAUGACGGGCCAGCCACCCGAGGCCACGCGCUUCCUGCUCUUCUCCGCCCUGGCCACCGCCACGGCCCUGGUGGCCCAGUCCCUGGGGCUUCUCAUCGGAGCUGCUUCCACUUCCCUGCAGGUGGCCACCUUUGUGGGACCCGUCACUGCCAUCCCCGUGCUGCUCUUCUCGGGCUUCUUCGUCAGCUUCAAGACCAUCCCCACCUACCUGCAGUGGAGCUCCUACGUCUCCUAUGUCAGGUAUGGCUUCGAGGGGGUCAUCCUCACCAUCUACGCCAUGGAGCGCGAGGACCUGGAGUGCCUCGAGGACUUCUGCCCUUUCCAAAAACCCAUCAAGAUCCUGCAGGAGCUGGACGUGGAGGAGGCCAAGCUCUACCUGGACUUCCUCAUCCUGGGCAUCUUCUUCGUCAUCCUGCGGCUCCUGGCUUACCUGGUCCUCAGGUACAAGGUGAAAUCUGAGAGAUAAAGGGGCCCCGGUGCCGUUCCCGGGCCUGGCCUGCUGUGAGAGAUGUUCUACAGAUGGACACGGUGCUCCUGCAGGUCCCGGACCGUGGCGGAGGCACUGGGAGGUGCCAGCCAGGCCUGGCUCAGUCGAGAAGGGUUUUGAGACAUCUCGGAACUGUUUUAACCUUCCCACACACUCUUCAUUGCAAAACGUUUUGUACAGCCCUGGCAUGUGCCACCUUCCCCCCCAGGACUGAUGAGCCCCACGGAGCUUGGGUCCCCUCUCGUUGUCCCUGCCUGGCGCUGCCCUGGGGACACCAGGGACAGUCCUGCCGAGGUGGUUUGUGUUGAGCACGCCUGGCAGGAGCCUGCUCCGUGCAGGGGGAGCAGCGGGCUGGAGCUGGGCUGGGAGGAGGGAGCUGCAGAGUUGGAAGUGCAGCUCGUGGCCCCGUUCCUCAUCCUGGCCUGCAGCGUGUGAGUCGGGGCUGAGAAGAGCCCAAAGAUGCCAUAGGUGAAGUUGCACAAGGCUUUAGUGUUUCCUGUCGCUGUAGCCACAGAGAUUGCUGCACCCCCUUUCCUUUCUGUGCAAAUCCUCCUCUUUUUUUCCCUUUUUUCUUUUUCUUUUUUUGAGUUUAGUUCUGGUUUUUUCCCCACAAACCCCACUGUAUCCCAUUCUUCACGGAGGGGAAAGGGAGCCUGCAGGCAGAGAAGGACUUGGGGCUCUGUCUCAGACUCCUGCUGGGACACCAUCCUCAGAGCCAAGGUCUGUGGGAGCAGGACAGUGUUCUCAGAUCUUAGGGAGUGUCACAUUCAGUCCCUGUUGACUCUGGGGUCUGAGACAAGAGGGUCUGAACCAAAUCAACCAACAUGGAGAGAAGUGACUGGUCCCUUGCACGGAGCAAGGAGGAUUUAGGUUCCCACACCCUGCCAGUGCCAGGAGGCUGAAAACCAGGGCUGGGCUGAGCUGUGUCAUCACUGGAGCCUCUGCUGCAGGAGGAGAGCUGGCCCUGAGCCCUUCCCCUGCAACCUCUCUUCCCCCGGCACCACUGGGGCUGUCUCAGCAGGACAGGGCGGACAAGCCUCGCUCAGCACCAUGCAAGGAGGGGAUGCCAAGGACACCUGGCAUGUCACAGUGCCAACCCCCCAGGGUGACACUGCAGAAAGGGGUCCCAGCAGUGCCUGGACUGGAAACCAGAUGAGAUCCCAGAGAGGUUUGUUUGCAGCGGGUGACCUGGACGCUGGGAAGCUCUUUGCACAUCGUGACUGGUGCCAGGAUAAGGUCCCUUCUUGGCACAUUUCUCUGGUGGCUGCUCCAAAGUCACACACCUUGCAGAGGGAAGGCAAUUCCACACCGUGCUGGCUCUCCAGAGGAACUGAGCUGAGCCCAGAGCUGGUGGGGCAUCUGCACAUGCUGCUGUGCUGGGAACACAGCACCCUGCUUACCUGCACAGGCUCCGUGGGUGUGCUGGCACUGCUGGCAGCGGGCUGCACUUGUCACCCACAGACAUGGGAACCCGCAGGUUUUUGGCAAGCAUGGACACGGGGGAGGCAGCCCUGCCCCACCCUGGCAGGCUGGCCCUGGUUCAUGUCAGCCUGGGGAAUCCUGUCCUGGCACUCUGAGCAGCCAGGGAUUGCAGGGCAAGUGCCAGAUUCCAGCAGAAUCCUGGAGACUGAUCUUUGGUUUUGCUGGCUUGGGUUGGGGCUGCACAGCAGAGUCUGGCUGGGCUGACACUGAUGCUGGGCACUCAGCAAAGCUGAGCUUCCCCUGCCUGGAGAGCAUCGAGGAAUGUUUGGCCAUGGGGUCCUCCUGCACACAGGGUCUGGAAGCAGGACACAGCCUGCUGCCCUUUCCAUGCUGAGCAUCGAGGUUGCUCACACCCAGGGGCUGUUGUCUGACUUUUCACUAUCCCUCACAAAAUUCCCCUCUGCUCCUGGAUCUUCCACAGUGGAGCUGUGUCAGCUGGAGGGCUGCAGUGCUGCCAGCCCCAGGGGCACAGAGGAGCGGGGGACAGUCCCUGUGCCUGCUCUGUCAUGAGGUGCAUGGAUGGGCAGAGAGCUGGGAGAUGUGGGGCUGUCACCCUUCUCCAUCCCCUUGUCUCUGGAGCUGAAAGGACUGAUGCCCUGCUUCUGUCCUGCUCUUGGGCUGGGACUAGUUAAGCCUGGCCCAGCACAGAGCAUGCUCUGCUGGGGUGAGGCUUUCCCCUGGAUGGAUCCCGAGAUGCAGGAGGUGUCAGUGGGGCAGCUUUGCACAGCUCCUGCUUCCUCCCUGGCAUUUGGGGCACUUGUGGUGGGUCCUGUUUUCUGCACCCUGGAGGUGCUGCCAUCCCCAGCUCUGUGUCCUGCACCUAGCACACCUGGAUACCCCUGUGCCAUCACAGCCAGGGCCACCACCGCUCCCAGGAGGACCAGGACAAGAUGGACUAGCUUAUGGAGCAAAGGGGCUACCAGCAGGCACCAGCAACUGCCACUGCUCGUGUCCUCCAACACACAGGGAAGGCUUUGUUGAACAGGCUCUGCUGCUUGCAGAGAAACCCUGUGGAAUGUUGCUCCCCAGCUCGGAGCAACACUGCCAGGGCAGUGCCAGCCUGCCUGGGAUGGAGCAGCUGGCAGCACCUCUGGGAUGUCCAGGAGGGCUCAGCACAGCCUGUGCCUCCUGCACCCCUGAGCUGCAGUGUCCCAGCCGAGCAGGUAUGUGGCCACUGCGGGACAGAGGGCCAGGACAAACCCUGGAGCUGCAGGAUGGCUGGGCAAGGGCUCUGGGGAGUGGGGGUGAUGGGGCAGGCCACCCAUCCCCGGGGCAGCAGGACACAAGUGAAUGUGUUGGUAGGAGGGGGCUGAGGAGCGGGGGAUGUGGCACAGGGCAAAGGCACCCUUGGUGCUGCCUGAGGAACUGAGCCAGGGUGCCACCGUGCUUUCCCUCGCUUCAAGGACAGUCCCAGAGGUGGUGGAAGGUGCGGGGAAAUGCAAGGAGAAGAAGCAGGUUUGCACUGAGUGGGCUGAGCACCCUGGGAUUUAUUGCCUGGGUGGUCCCUGCCCUGCAGGAGCAGGACAGGAGGGGUUUUCUCUGCCCAGGCAUGGCAGAGGGACAGGGUGCAGCCAUCCUGCUCCAGGGGGCCCUUAGGGAAGCAGCAAGGAUGCACUUUAUCAGGGCAGGGAAGUGGAGCCGUGGUUGCUUCUGGCUGCAAGAAUCCCAUGAGAGAGCAUCUGGAUAAUCACGAGGAGUGUGAUGGAGGAGAGCAGGCUUCUUCCCCCACACCUCCUCUCCUGCCCCUGCCUUCCCUUGUGAUGCACUUUGAGGGUGGGGUUCAAGCAGUGGCUCUGGCUCCCUGGGAACACUGGUUGAGCCUCAACCCACCAAAAACUGCUUCAGCCCCUUUGGCCCAAGGCUGUGUCAGGUUCUGCCUCUCACGGGGGCGGUGAUGGCAGCCAGGCAGGGGGAUGGCCACUCACCUCCAUGCAUGUCCAGGCCACCUUUGUCACACGCACAAGAAGAGCAAAUGCUUCAUCACCUGGCUGGGGUUUGCUGGAGGGGAGACUGGGCUAGAACAGGGAGGGGAUGGGGCUUCUCCCAGGGUUUCACCCCUCUCCUAAAUCAGGCAAUAAAACAGUGUUUCCUUCUCACUGUGUGUGGACACCAUUUGUCCUGUCCCUCUGCCACGGGCAGCCUGUGGCUGCCUGGCAUCUCUGUGUGUGUCCCUGCCACGCUGGACCCUGUGGUUUUCCAGCCUUCACCGUGUCCACACGUGCAGAGGAGGCUGGACAGUGGGGGGCACGUGUGAUCUGUGGGGCACCACACAGAGAAGUGCAGGCAUUGAAACUCACAUUUCCACAAGACCACAGGCGUCAGCUGCUUUCUCCCUGGGACAGCUUGCCAAUAUAAGAUGCAGGUAACAGCUCAAAGGCCGAGGGAGUCUGCUGGCACAGCUCUGUUGUGGCAGCUGCUCCGGGGGGCAUUUGCCCAGGUCUUUCUGCCUUGCUGGGAGGAGGCUGUGAAGCGGGACCAGGGCACUGCUGCCCACAGCCGCAGCCUGGCAGGAACCAGGCAGGGUGGAGGUGAGGCCCUGGGCUCUCCAGGCUGGGCUGCACAUGCAGGUAAGUGCCCCGCAGGGACGGGGUGCCAGGUGCCAGCUUGCUGCUGGCGCCCAGCAGUGCUCACCAGAGGGUGCCGGGAGCUGCUGGGCAGGAGGAGAUGUUUUGGUUUGUGUCGGUGUUUCCGAGAUGCCAGCUGUACUUGUUGGAUUUCACACAUCAAUAAAACUUAUAUUUAUAGUGUA